AACAUAUGCAUGUUAUUUUUUUCAAUAAGACAAUAAAAAAUGUGGAAUUAAAGGUCAAAAUGCAGUGCCCUACAACUCAAAGCAGAAUGGGUGAUCAAUUUUUUGCCAUGUCAACGUGAUCUGAAAUGUGGUUCUAAAAAACGUGUAUUUAGCAACGUAUUUACACCAUCUAAACUCAUAAUACUGACAUAUUGACACAUUUAACGUUAAUUAUUUACAUAUGAACAACUUUAGAAAUGGAUGCGUAAUAUCGUAAUCAUUAACGUUUAUUUUAUUAUAUUUGUCACAUAAAUGACAUUAUAUGUUUUCAUUGCAUUUAUUAAGGUUUACUUAUAAUCAAAUUAUUUUGGUUGUGUGAUUUCUGCGGCCAACUCGUUUAGAAGAAUCAAAACUUUAAACUUUAAAAUGAUCAACAUUCUGCAAUCGAUUAAACAUUACUUAUCAUGUUAAAUUGCUGUGGGACACAAAGGCAUUUUUUCCAACAUUCUGUGACUUACGGUAGAUCAAUGAAAUACACCAAAAACUCAAAAUAAUCACCAAAUGAAUCUCAUCUAAAAAAUGUAAAACAUAAAUUGUACAAUAAAAAAUAUAUUAAUUCAAUUCAGCAUUUCUUAGUGUGUGCGUGUGAGAGAUAAUAGUCAGUGUUGUUUAUUGUAGGUGUUGGUAGCAGGUUUUGAGGCCUUCAGCACAGGGGUUGACGGCUCACAUUUGAAACCCUGAGGUUCCAGGCCAGCCAUUUUCACUGUCAUGAUGGUUGACAGAGUUCCUUCUAGUGCCAAGAUGUUCCUGGUUUUAUUUAGUCAAAAGAGGAUUUGUACGUCAUGUAAAAGCAGCCACCUGGAAAGACCAAUAACCAAAAUAUGUCUUUUACAACUCAGCAACUCAGUUAAAUAAUUCAAUAACUUCUAAAGGACUUUGUUAGAAAAAGGCCCUCAGGUAUGUAUUGUUUGAAAUUACCGAAGUCUUGAUCUUAUAUCAAAUUUUUUAUAUCAAAAUUGAUCUCGAUAUCAAAUUCUACAUGUUCCCAAGCGUAUUUAAACCACGAGCUUUGGUUUUGUAAGGAAAUUUACAUUUGAUUUUAAGAUAUCAGCAUAAUGAAGAAGGUGAAAAUUGUGAACUAUCAGUCUGAAUAAUGACAGCUGUUAACACUGAUGUGUCUGUUAUACUGAAACAAAAGAAAACACUCAUGAUCAUCAUCAUAAGACUGAUUGAUCUAUUAACACUAAUGGAUGUGUUUUUACUGUUAGUCUAAUGUCACUAAUGAAACAAACCUUUCAGGACAAACAUCAAAACCCUGAUUUUGAUUCUUGGUAAAUAUUAACAAAAUAUAUAUUUUACCAUUUUUAUCUUUUCGUUGUUUUAUCUUCCUCACCAUGCUCCUUUGUGUGUUCAUAUGUGUAAAACUGACUAUUAUUUCUUGUUCUUUGAAAAUUAGAAGAUUGAGAAGAUAUUAGACAAGAGAUUUCUAUGGAUAAUUAAAAUGGAAAUUUGCCACAGUAAGAUGAUUUCUUAUGAAGUGGGAAUAUCUGGAAGAUUCAGUGUAAAAUUUGAUGAUAAAAUAUUUAAACAUAAACAACAAUAUGAACACAUUAAGGUCGUCCCUUUAGGAAAAUGAUCUAUGAUUUUAAUACAAAUAUUAUUCUUAGACUAUUGUAAAAAUCAUAUUUGUUUUUUAGGGUUUGCUUGAAGUUCAAAAGUUAUUCAGAGUAUAUUAUGAUUUUUGUGCAUUAAAGUGUCUGAUAAACUGUUUUUCCUUUACAGGCACGUAUAACCAAAAUGGCGUCAGCCACUGAGAACAAUGCGAUACACCAUGCGGUCCGGCCGAGUCAAAAAAUCAGUUUUAGAUUUCCCGAUUAAUACCUGAUGAUCCAAAAAUCUUGAUAUGAUAAUCAGAGUCACUUAGUAUAUAUGGAGUUUGCAUUAUAUCUUUCAUUUUAACACCCUCACAUUAGAACAUGUCUCUCGGUCACUCUGCGUCUGUUUUUCUAACUGUGCAGCGCUAUCAGUAAACAAGAAGGGCGGAGCCUAAAAUGCACUGCUCCGACUGCUUGUUGCUCAUUUCUUAAACAAAUUUCAGAACAACAUUUAUUUAUGAAAAAUUUACGACAUAUAGAUGGGCAUAAUAUUUUAGUGGAGCAAUCUUAUAAACAAUAUGAACAUUUAUUUAACAAGGGUUACAGAAAGCAUUACAAAAAUGUUGUAAAUGCUUGGAAUACUCAUGGAAUUGGCCAAUGUCACUCCAGUACAGUAUUUUUGACGGAUAUGCACCAGAAACGUAAUUUGCUGCCCGCCAUUAUAAAAGAAAAGAAGAUCAUCAAUAUGAGGGAGAAAGGCCUAUCGCAUUCAUACUACACCCAUUCACGGAAAACAGUACAAACCCAUUUAGCCCGUUGAGGACAUACCUUCUCAAAUUGAGUACCUAUUUAUUCAGGGGUAUGCGAUUUCGGACAACGACACAGAUAAAUCAAUACUUAAAUUUGUCUGCCUAAAGAUUCACACCCCCCACAUUCAGUCGAUCUAUGUAGUCUGAAAAUAAUGAGAAUUAAAAUGAGAAAUGAACACUCUAAUGAACACUAGUAUAUCACCUUUGUCAAUAGUUUUUUAGAGAUGUUAAAUAAUGGUGAUUUGAGUUACUGACAAUGUCUCUCUAACAUCUCCAGUUCACACAAACAGUGAUUGACACCUUCAGUGAAGCUCCUCCUACAUCAAUCCACCAAUAAAUACCAGAAACCAACAAGCAGAAGAAUCACUUCAGGUGUAAGAACUGAAAUCUUCACACUGUUGUUAGUGUUACUGGAAGAGAAGCUUGAGAACACGAGAGAUCCAGAACUACACAGAACACAAACUGAGGGACUGAAGAACACAGAGUUCCUCAGGAACAGGUGUGGCUACAACAGUGCGGUUGCGAAGCAACGCAGAUGCAGCAAAGAACACAAUGAAAAGUAAGCUUAAAGACUGUGGUGUUUAUCUAUUAACAUUAACAUGUAUCUAUUUUUAUACAUAAACAUUUGUGUUUAAGUGUGGAUCAAAUAUGUUUGGAAGCAUGCUUAAAUGUGUUUAUUAAGAUUAAUCUGGAUAUCGCCAUUAAUUGUGCAUUCGUUGAAAGACAGCGUUGAAAGACUUUGAUUUUCUCAAAGUCUGCCACCGUUAACGCGGGAUGGUGGGAUGAUUUGUCAAAUCCUUCUCGGCGAAGUUAUUUCACUACUCCAACGAAAACGUUGUUGCUUGUGAUAAACUCAGGAUCUUUUAUCAGACACCAGGACCGGCUGAUCGGUGGAUCAUUUAUGUGCCAGUUAAUCCCUGCACGUAGGCCAACAUAGCUGCUAAAGCUGUAAGGUUCACCCUUUCCGUUUUUCACAGCGGCAUAAAACUGAAGAGCUUGGUUUAGGUCAGUUUUGUUUAUUGUUUUAAAGUCAAUAAACAUACAUUUUUCGGCAGACCAGGACCGAAAACAGCGAACAGACCACAUGGUCUGUUUAUGAGUAUUCACCUCAUUUCUAGACUUUUCGAUGUCUUCAAUUUCGCUUUCAUUAAUUUCUCCGUGUCGUCUUUGUUGUUGGUCUAAUUUGUCUGUCAUGUCAUACAAAAUCGGACAUUUUGACAAUUAUUUCGCUGUACGUAGCAAGAGUGGCGCAGUGAUUAUAGGUAAUGCGGUCAGCCGUUAUAUAUCGGGGUAUUUUAUAACGGCUUAGAUCUCCGCUCAACCAAUCAGAAUCAAGGACCAGAACUGACCGUGUUAUAAUAAUAUACAUUUGUUCUCUGGCUUGCACAUACAAUAAUUUAAUACUUUACUGCUUUUUCCACUGAAAAUCAAAUUACUGUACUGUCUGAGGGCAUUUUAUGUUGUAAAUUAAACAGAGUAAUUAUCAUCUUCUAAGGUUCUAAGGUCAUCAUAUAUGGCAAACACUUUUAUCCAAAGCAAUACUCUGUGAACUAAAUGACUAUGUUCCUUGAAAAUGAAACUAUGAUCUUGUCCAGGGGUGGACUGAUCAGUAGGACAUUCUGUCAAAGUCCAGAACGGUUGUCCCAUCGACAGCCUGGGACAGAGUCAAUGGGCGGAAGUAUUAUAAAUGUGAAUCAAAUAAACGCGACAGGAUUAGCAAAUCGCACACGUAUGCAUACAACUUGUGGUGUUUUUUAGUACAAUUGAAAAUGAGUUUUACAGAUAGUUUUGUUAAUUUCAGAUAUGAUUGAAGUGAACAAGGACAGUCAAGAUGAAGUGAAAGAUGCUGAAGAAAAACAUUAUAAUCUGGAAGGAGCUCUCAGAAUAGGCGACAAAAAGCAGCACGCAUGUCUACAGUGUGGAAAGACUUUUAUACAUACUGGAAAACUUAAGACACACAUGAGAAUUCACACUGGAGAGAAACCUCACGCAUGUCUACAGUGUGGAAAGACUUUUACAAAUACGAGUGACCUUAAGAUUCACAUGAGAAUUCACACCGGAGAGAAACCUCACGCAUGUCUACAGUGUGGAAAGACUUUUACACAAACACAAAGCCUUAAGAUUCACAUGAGAAUUCACACUGGAGAGAAACCUCACGCAUGCCUACAGUGUGGAAAGAGUUUUACACAUUCAGGAAGCCUGACGAUACACAUGAGAAUUCACACUGGAGAGAGACCUCACGCAUGUCUACAGUGUGGAAAGACUUUUACACAAACAGGAAACCUUCAGUCACACAUGAGAACUCACACCGGAGAGAAACCUCACGCAUGUCUACAGUGUGGAAAGAGUUUUACAAAUACGAGUGACCUUAAGAUUCACAUGAGAAUUCACACCGGAGAGAAACCUCAUGCAUGUCUACAGUGUGGAAAGACUUUUACACAAACACAAAGCCUUAAGAUUCACAUCAGAAUUCACACCGGAGAGAAACCUCACGCAUGUCUACAGUGUGGAAAGACUUUUACACAUACAGGAAACCUUCGGUCACACAUGAGAACUCACACCGGAGAGAAACCUCACGCAUGUGAUCAGUGUGGAAAGACUUUUAACAAUAAAAGUCACCUUUAUAGACACAUGAGAACUCACAUGCAGAAAUAAAAAUGACUGCAGUGUCCCCCAUUUUUAAAAAACCUUGAUCAUCUAAAUAUGUACAAUAAAAGGCAAACCUCAAAUUGACCAUUCUUAAGUAAAAUAUUUGAAAAGUGGGGCUUCACAAUUGAGAUCUUACUUAAAUGCUAAUGGCCGCUUUAAUAUUUUCAGUCAUAAUUUUGCUCAUCACAUAGCACUAAAACUGCGCUUCUUCUUUACUAAAUCUGCAACUGCGCUGGUUUUACAGGGUGUACCUCAAGGAGCAGUUCUGGGUCCACUAAUGUUUAUCAUUUAUAUUUCUCCACAUCAUACGCAUGCUUGGACUUCAAUUCCAUUGCUUUGGUGAUGACAUUCAAAUCUACUUUACCACCAGCACUGAUAGCCUAUCCCUGCCUGACUCACUUAUUGCAUGCUUCAGGGAUAUCAAGCAUUUUGUAAUAAAAACUGAAAUAUUGAUGAUUGGCUCUACUACCUCUGUCAAAAGUAUGGACCUGUCCUUUGAAAUUGACAGGCUUCAUGUUCAACCUGCUUCAUCUGUCCGUAAUCUUGAUGUCUUUAUCUCUAUCUUUUGCCUUUCAUAUUUCUUCUGUCGUUAAGAACUGUUUUUCCAUCUUCCGAAUGUUGCACGUCUUCGAUCUUCUCUCACUCUAGCUGAUGCUGAAAUCUUAUUCAUGCAUUAAUCACAUCGUGUCUAGAUAAUUGCAAUGCUCUAUUUCUUGGUCUGCCUAGAUAAUCGUAGCAAGGUUAUAGUAUGUUCAAAACUCAGCAGCAAGAGUUCUCACCUCCACCAGGGGUUCUGCUCCCAUUACUCCUCUACUGCAUGAUCUUCACUGGCUACCUGUGGGAUCACAUAUUCACUUUAAGAUACUUCUAACAUUUAAGGCAUUAAAAGGUCUUGCGCCUCCAUAUCUGUCUGACCUGCUCUCCUCCUACUCUCCUGCUCGGUACCUCAGAUCAACUGAGCUUAGUCUUUUGUCCAUUCCUUUAUUUUUGUCCAGUCCAUUGCGGCACCGUUCACAGACCUGCUUGUCAGUCUGGCGGUUCAAAGCGACGGAGGUGGUGGAAAUAUGUGAAUACUUUUAAAAGUACAAGUAAUCUUCAGCAGCAAAUGAUAAUUCACUCUGGAGACCCUUCACAUGCAAUGGAUGUGGAAAGAGUUUGACAUGUAAAUUUAGGAUUCAGUCAUAGAUGAGAUCUCACGCAGAAAUUAAACCAUAGACAUGCCAUCAGUGUAGAAAGAGAUUUAGACAAGAAUCUAUUCUCAGAUAUCAGCAGGGUUUUCACUCUGAUCAGAGCUGCUCAAAGUUUAUUUCUGCAUCACAUCUAAAGAUGAAGCUUGUAAGCAUGCAAAUUUAAAGUCUUACUUGUGGACUGAUUUUGGCCUGUUUGAAAACUUGUGAGAAAAUGAAUGUUGGUUUAUUUUAACAAUUUGAUGAAAAUUCAUCUGUCACAUUGCUCAGUGUUUUCUCCUUUUAACUUCAGAGAAAACUCUUUAUACUCACUGGACACAGCCGGUUGUGGCGUUUACUUUUAUGUUUGUACGCUCUUGCAGAAUGACUGUUCUGACAAACAACAGGACAACUCGUAGUAAUCAAGACUAAAUCAACAAGCACCAAAAAAUUCACACUGAAAAAUUGUUUGUAGGGAAAACCUCACCCCUCAUGAAAAUGUACCAUAGUCUAACAUGUCUUGCAUUUCUGCAUGAUUUUACUAUAAAAAUGUUUAAUUAAUUGUCAGAAACAAUUUGAGUUAUUCUUGCUAUUACUUUCUCAUAAUCAAAAAUUGUUUUCUUCACCAAAAUCCUGGAAGUCACUACAGGUAGUCAGACAUUUCGGAAAUAACAUUCAAAUGUCCACAAAGGUUUGCUAUGUUCUUACGAUUUUCCAGAGGACAGAAGACACAUGUCAGACGUUUUAAGAACAAAAUAUAACACUAAUCUUAAUCUGCCAAAAAACAUGGUUAAAUCACAGUUCAUAAUCAUAAGAGAUUCCAGUGACAUUGAAACAAUGUAGAUUAUUAUGACAUGUAUUCCUUAUGCUGUGUGUGUAAACAAACAACUAUAAAUAAACUUUGGUUUUGACAAGUAGAAGAAUUUUAUAUUAUAAGAGUAUUUGAUGAAAAUAAUAGCUGUUGUUUAACUUGCUGGGACCCCAGGAAGAGUAGCCAACGCACUUGGUAGUGGCCAAUGGGGAUCCAAAUAAGCAAAAAUUGUGUUCUCUUGCUGCUUCAAAAUGUCACAUUCAAUUUAUUUAUGCGUUUCUUGAUGUUGUUAUUACUUUAAAUUGUACGUUUCCAAGUAUUUGCUUUCUGGUUAUUCAAUUAACGCACUCAGAUGAAAACGCCUUC